GAUAAAAUUGCAAUUUUCCUCUCCAAAUUCAUUUCACCAAAUGCUUCCCAGUUCCCACCCAUGAAGUAGUAGCCGCAACAGCAAAGGACUGUAUAAUCAGAAUUGAAGUUGCAGUUAUCAAAGCUCGCCGACAAUCCGAAACCCAUAAAGAUUUUAAAAAAAAGACCUUUCAGCUGAAUUUGCUGUUAUGUAGAUGCGAAUAAUGCUCAAAGCCAUUCAAAUUCUGGGUUCAUCAUCAUCUUCUUCUUCUUCAGGGUUCGUCUUCUUCUGCGCACUGAGGAAGCCGCCGCACCCUAUUUCCACCCUCUCCUUCAUUUCAAUUAAGCCCUUUCCCGCAUCUUCCAAAUCAACUUUACCGGCUCUUUUGCCGCGCCGUCGCAGUACUAGUACAGGCUUCCGAAUGUACUCCUCUUGCCGCCGCGAUUCAAAUCCGGCCGGGACAUCGUCUUCGUCGCCAUCUGGAGGAGUGGCAUCGUGUUCUUCUGCUUCGUCUGCGCCCUUUCAGCCCCCUGUAGGUGUUUGCAAGAUCAAAUUUUGCCAGUCAUGUGGUGGGCCUAUGAAGCACGAGGUUCCCAAUGGAGAGGAGAGGGAGAGAGCUAUUUGUACUGUUUGUGGGAGGAUUGCGUAUGAGAACCCAAAAAUGGUUGUUGGCUGCCUUAUCGAACAUGAUAACAAAAUACUGCUGUGCAAGAGGAACAUUCAGCCGUCUCAUGGCCUUUGGACUCUUCCUGCCGGUUACCUGGAGAUGGGGGAAUCAACAGUAGAAGGGGCGAUGAGAGAAACAUGGGAAGAGGCUGGUGCAGAAGUCGACAUCAUCUCACCAUUUACUCAGUUGGACAUCCCUCUUAUUGGCCAAACCUACAUAAUUUUCCUGGCCAAGUUGAAGAGACCUCAUUUUUCACCCAGUCCAGAAUCAUCCGAGUGUAGGCUCUUUGAACUUGGAGAAAUUCCGUUUGAAUCUUUAGCUUUCUCAUCCAUGUUGGUCACUUUGGAGUUGUUCAUAGAAGAUAGAAAAGCUGGAAAACCUAUGUUUCACUAUGGCAUCAUUAACAAGAGGCCUGGCACGAGUCCCUCCGAGAUUCGCGCAUACACUCUUGAUCAUCACUUUCAAUGUUGACCGAUGGAGAUUCACAUACGAUCCCAAAUCCCGUUUUGUUCGUCCGUUCGGUUUCACAUAUGGUCCAUCCAUACAAGAAAUCCUCUAUUUGGCUUAAACAAAAAAAAAGUCAAGAAUGAAGUGUUGGUGCUAUGGGGUGGCACUAUGUGGGGGAAUGUAGUGACAACUUGCUUUCAAGAUUGGACCUCACUGUUUACACACUAGUUGCAGCAGCAUCUAAUCAUCUCUAUGUGUGUGUACUUUUGCACCCACCAGGCCACCUUAUGAGAGAGCUCUCUUCUUUGAUGAGCAAAACUUUGGAUGGAAAAAUUUGAUGGGCUGGUUUUGUUUAUAGUUGCCUGAUUGAGCUGCACAUUAAUUUGUAAAGAGUGAUUUUUAAAAAAAAUAAAUAAAUAAAUUUAAAUAUCACUU